AUGGACAAAUAUCGACCAAAGAGGCCCACCACGCUAGCUCUCCUGCCACAGCGACCACAAGCCGGAACCCAGGACACCAUUAACAACAAUUCUCUUGGGAAGAAGGACAGAUGGAAGGACUCCCGAUCUUCAUCCCCACACAUUACAGGGGAUCAGACACAACCUGAUAGCCAAUCAAAAGCAGAGGACAAAGUCCGACCCUGCAACCGACGCCCUGCCCCUAAACCUCCAACUGCCAAUGGUGCCAACAGCAGCGCUGGCACUCAAGCUGCACCAAAUGACGCGCGGGCUCGAUUACGAGAAAGGCAGCCGCCAGGAGCCACGAACACUCAGUCCUUGAGCAUGCCUAGGAGUCAACGGAGAGGUGGAGCAGUGGGAGCAGGAAGAGGAAGAGGAGGAGGGAGAGGAGCAGGUGCGAUGAGAGAGAGGAGCUCAGGGGAUAUCAGAGGCAAGGAUGGAGUGACAUCGGGGAAGGAAGAACGAAAAGGUGGAAGAUUGUGCGAGGAAUCUAAGGGGAAGGAGAAAGGUAAAACCAUAAAUCAAAGACUUAAAAGCUCGAGCGCAGAUGGGAGAGGAAAACUAUGUGCCAAAAAGGAUGACCCGGCUUCAAGGGCAAAGCCCAAAAACUCACUCCCUAAUCAGGUUUACCUGACAGCCAUGGUGGUCCCACGCACACCAGUCGCACCAAGGAAGGAGGACAAGACAAAGGUCCAAGGUCAAAACCAUGACAGGACAAAUCAAAAGCCUACUGUUCAGUCCCAGUCUAGCAGUGAAGGGGCAUCCAACAGAAUGUCCCUCAGCUCAGACACCGAGGGACCCCCACCAGAACCCCAGCAACCACCUCGAUCCCAUCAAGCAAACCCUGAUAUCCAUGAAGAGGAAGUGGAGGGAGAAUCUUCCACCGAAUCCUGUCCUAAAAAAGAUGCCAAAUCAGAGAAGAGCCAAUCAAAAGUGAAGCCAAUGCUUGUAAAUGAUGACAACGUGACUGAGAGCACCAAAUCGGUCUCUCAGGGAGAUCUUGUGGGUUCUCAAACUGUACCAAAGAGUGAUGCGUCUCUGGUGUUAAAUAACGACUCUGCAAAAAACACUAUGGUGGUUGGCGAACAUGCUCAACUGGGAUUGGUUGCGGUCAAGGACAGUAAGAGCGGGCACAAUGAUGACAGUGACGCAGAGACAGUCUAUCAGUCAGCCAAUGAGGAGGAAGAUCCCGAGUAUGAAGAGGAGAGGAAAAGGAAAGAAGAAGAAACGUGGAAACAAGAGCGGAGGAAAGAAGAAGAAAUGAGAAGAAAGGAGGACGAGAAAAGAAAGAUGAAAGAAGAAGACUUGAGGAGACGGCGGGAGGAGGAAGUGAAAAGGAGGAGGGAGGUGGUGGCAAGGGUCAGUAAGCACCCCAAAAUAAUCUCAACCAGAACAUCGGACCAAGAGGAAUCAAUUGGAGGGAGAGCCUGUGCUCCAAGAACCAAAAAGUUCAUUAACCUGUUUUCUUCUGACAAUGACUACAGUUCCACAGGCGCUGGUUCUUUUGGUGUGUUUUCUUGUGUUUUGGAUGGAGUAGAGCAACAGCAGAGCCACAGAGCUGUAUACAGGUUUGUUCCUCGUCAUUCCGACGAGCUGUACCUUGAGACAGAUGACCCAGUCUUAAUUCUCAACCAGUCUGAGGAUCUGUGGUGUCAGGGUUACAACAUGCGGACUGGAGCUACUGGAAUCUUUCCUGCUUUCUAUGCUGUGAGGCUAACAAAAAAUACUAACAAGGGACUAAAGGAUGGUUCGAUAGAGCAGUUCCUUGUACGAUUCUUAGGUUCUGUUCAAGUGCCCAUCCACAAAGGCAGUGAUGUGUUGUGUGCUGCCAUGCGCAAGGUUGCAUAUAACAGGCGCUUAGCCGGGCAGCCUCCCUCGCCCUGUGUGCUCGAGGUCAGUGUGAGGGGUGUGAAGAUCAGCGUCCAGGACCAGUGUCACUCUGCCCACAGGGGAGAACAGUGUUUUCAUUUCUUCCAUUUGAAGAACAUAUCAUUUUGUGGCUGCCAUCCAAAACAUAGCAAGUACUUUGGUUUCAUCACCAAACAUCCUGACCAACAACGUUUUGCCUGUCAUGUAAUGAUGUCAGACACAACUUUACAUCCUUUGGCCAAGUCAGUAGGGAAAGCCUUCCAGCAGUAUUACAAGGAACAUAUUGGAUACUCUUGUCCCACUGAAGACAUCUUUAUUGAAUAA